GUCCUCAAAUUUGUAUUCAGUGUCUAUUGGACAUCCUACCAAGGUGUUUGUGGUUAAAUAGAGUUCGAAAUUGCUAAUAAAGUGAACCUUUUGUGUAUAGGGGAAAAUUAUCAUUUGUAAAAUAAAAUAAAAUAAAGGCAAUUAUUAAACUUUAGGAGAAAUAUAUUUUUCGACGCAGAAGUUUAAGCUACCUCAACGCAAUGGGGGAUAUGUUCCGUAGUGAAAAGAUGACCCUCUGCCAGGUGUACAUACAAAAUGAAGCUGCCUACAGCACAGUUUCCGAGCUGGGCGAGAUCGGUUGUGUGCAGUUUCGGGACUUAAACGAUAAUGUGAAUUCUUUUCAACGUCAUUACGUGGCCGAGGUGCGACGCUGCGAUGAACUUGAGCGCCAAAUGCAUUAUAUUGCAGGCGAGUUGAAUAAGGAUGGAAUUCUUAUUGACGAUUUGGUAGACGAUCUGCCGCGUGCGCUGAAUCCUCGAGAUAUUAGCGAAUUGGAGUCUACACUCGAUAGGGUAGAGACGGAAAUACGUGAGCUGUCUCAAAAUAAUGUCAACCUUCGGGCGAACUACACCGAGCUGACAGAGCUGCGUAUGGUUUUGGAGAAGACACAAAGUUUCUUUCAUAAUGUUUUGGAUACUACAACACACUUUGGGGGCGAUGAGACACAUGCACAGUCACGUGGGCAAUUGGGCUUUGUCGCGGGUGUUUUGAACCGCGAACGUUCGUUCGCCUUCGAGCGCAUGUUGUGGAGAAUAUCACGUGGUAAUGUUUAUGUGAAACGAGCGGACUUGGAUGAAGCUCUAAUAGAUCCACAAACCGGUCUUGAAGUACACAAAACUGUAUUUGUGGUCUUUUAUCAAGGCGAACAGUUGAAUAUGCGUAUUAAAAAGGUUUGUAACGGUUUUCGUUCAUCGCUCUACACCUGUCCGGCAGAGGCUGCCGAACGUGCAGAAAUGUUGCGCGGCGUAAGGACACGCUUGGAAGAUCUGAAAUUAGUUAUAUCCCAAACUGCUGAUCACCGACGGUUGGUGCUCUCCAACACUAUCAAGAACUUGCCCCGAUGGAUGGUGAUGAUACAAAAAAUGAAAGCCAUAUAUCACACUUUGAAUAUGUUCAAUGUUGACGUAACUAAAAAAUGUCUCAUAGGUGAGGGUUGGGUGCCCAAGAAGGACUUGGCGAAUGUUACUCGGGCGCUUGAAAAUGGCUCAGCUGAAGUUGGCAGUACGAUCCCAUCAUUUUUGAAUGAGCUGGAGUCAAAACAGCCCCCACCGACUUUUAAUCGUGUCAACAAGUUCACGAAUGGUUUUCAACAUCUAAUUGAUGCUUACGGUAUGGCCAACUAUCGCGAGGUCAAUCCGGCGCUUUACAGUUGCAUCACUUUCCCAUUCCUUUUUGCGGUCAUGUUCGGUGAUUUGGGACAUGGAUUUUGCAUAUUUCUUUUUGCACUGUGGAUGGUUUUGGACGAGCAACGUUUGAGCAGGAAGCGAGGUGGCGAGAUUUGGAAUAUAUUUUUUGGUGGCCGUUACAUAAUUCUGCUUUUGGGUCUCUUCUCCAUGUACACGGGGUUUUUGUAUAAUGAUAUUUUCUCAAAGUCGUUGAACGUUUUCGGUUCUGGCUGGCGGGUGCGCUACAAUAGUACAACCGUGCUAACGAACAAUAAUCUGCAAUUAGAUCCCGUCGUGGCCUCAAUAAGCACUUAUCCCUUGGGCGUGGAUCCCAUUUGGCAACUGGCAGAUAAUCAAAUUAUUUUCCUCAAUACAUUGAAGAUGAAAAUGUCCAUUAUCCUUGGUGUGACACAUAUGAUAUUUGGCGUUUGUCUGUCAGUAGUGAACUUCGUACACUUCAAAAAAUAUGCAUUGAUUUUCUUGGAAUUCAUACCACAAAUUCUGUUUCUCAUAUUGCUCUUUGGCUAUAUGUGUUUUAUGAUGUUCUAUAAGUGGGUUAAAUACACGCCGAAGACCGAUUAUCUGCCAGAUACACCCGGUUGUGCACCAUCGGUGCUGAUUUACUUCAUUAACAUGAUGCUGUUCAGUGCUUCGCCACAGGCAGCGGGUUGUGACGAGUACAUGUUUGAAGUGCAGCCGGUCCUUGAGAAGAUAUUCGUAGUCCUAGCUAUAAUCUGCAUACCAUGGAUUCUGGUCGGCAAGCCUCUAUACAUAAUGAUAACGCGGAAGCUUCGCGCUAACCGACAACAGAUCUCGUCUCUCGGGAAAAUUGCAGAAGAAGGUGCCAAUAACGAUGAUCACGACAUAGGAGAGGACGAGCCUAUAAGCGAAAUUUGGAUACACCAAGCCAUUCACAUGAUUGAAUACAUACUGAGCACUAUAUCACACACGGCUUCCUACCUGCGAUUGUGGGCUUUGUCUUUGGCUCAUGCAGAACUUUCUGACGUUCUAUGGAACAUGGUGCUCUCGGAGGGUCUCAAACUCAACGGCUAUCCAGCAUCGAUUGCUUUGUUCUUUAUUUUUGGUGCUUGGGUCUUGCUCACGAUAGCCAUAAUGAUUUUGAUGGAAGGAUUGUCCGCUUUUCUGCACACUUUGCGUUUACAUUGGGUUGAAUUCAUGAGCAAAUUCUACACUGGCGCAGGAUAUGCAUUUAUACCAUUCAGUUUCAAACUAUUGUUGCACAAGGAAGACGACGAUUAAGGCCGAUUUCUAAUAUCUAAUAUUUUCAAUAAUGAAAUACGUUCAAGUAUAUUGUGCGUAGUUAAUAAAAUACUGUAUUAAAACGUGACUCAGUAAUAAAACCCGUUAAAUAGCAAUUCAAGUU